AUGGUCAGCCAUCAACAACUCCAUGCGAUAUUUGAGAUCAGUAUCAGGGUCAAGAUAGGCAACUCACCUCCUCUCCCUUCACAGCUCCGGACGUUGACCCUUUCUUCCAUAUCGGCGAUCUUGCUCCCACCAGCCGUCUUCGGCGGCCUCGUCCUAACGCUAUGGACAUACAAAUGCAUCAUGAUGGUUGUGUUCCAAAACAAGAUCAUUUAUAUGCCCUCUGUACCGCCAUUCUCUAGGUCCGACAAAGUGACAGACUAUAUCAACCAAUGCAGGCCUGUUGUCUGGAAAGAGCAUGAUCUGAGAGCAGCGGAUGGCACAGCACUGAAGCUGCUUGAGGGUGGUGUCGACCUGGCUGCUAAGCAUCGAAAGCGUGUAACUGUUCUCUACUUUCAAGGGAAUGCAUCGUCUCUGCCUCCUCGGCUGCCAUAUCUCUCUGCCGUGCUCAAGGCUCUGGACGCAGCUGGAGACCAAACCAGCGAGCACAGAGGCUACAGCAUUUACGCGCUCUCAUACCGCGGCUUCUGGACCUCCCGUGGCAGGGCGUCUCAAUCAGGCAUUGAGCUGGACGCUCAAGCAGCCUUGACUUGGCUGAUUCAAAACGUGCGCCAAGAUCCGCACAUUGACACCACGUUCGUCCUCUGGGGCCAAUCAAUCGGAGCCGGCGUAGCCACAACAGCACUUGCCACGCUGCUUACACAGCAGUACCUGAAUGCUGCUGGACAACAACACCAAAAGCUGCUUAAUAUCCACAGUCUCGUCCUCGAAACGCCUUUCCUUUCCAUCCGCUCUAUGCUUACUGCCCUCUAUCCUCAGAAAUAUCUCCCCUACCGCUAUCUCUGGCCGUUCCUCCGCUCAACCUGGGAUAGCGGACUCGCUGUCAAGAAGAUUGCUGUAGCCGCCACCGCUGCUGCUGCUGGCCCCGCCGCGUCACACCCAAAGCCGAAUCCCAGUUCCCACAACGGACCGUCAGCCAUGGUUGUGACACCGAUCGUAAGGAAGGUCCUCAUCCUCCAAGCCGGCAGAGAUGAGAUCGUCCCAGCAGAGCAAUCUGAAGCUCUGGAGAGGAUAUGCAGGGAGAACUUACCUAGCGCUAUUGAGGUAGAGAGGGUGAUUGUUGCAGGCGCGCUGCACACGGAGGUGAUGGCUAAGCCGCAGGGAAGGGGAGCUGUGGUGCGGCAUCUGCGGGCGGCUGCUGAGAACCAUUAG